ACAGACUCCAGCCAUGAGCCCCCCUUCCAGCUCCGGCAUCUAUGUGAGCCGCGGGGUGGCCCUCCUGCUGGCCGGGCUGAUGGCCACGCUUUUGCUGGUGCUGGUGACUCUGGCUACCCUGUAUGGCAACUGCUCACGCGUCCAGCCUUUGGAGCAGCAUAGCCCCGGGAUGAAGAACACUGCGUUAUCCCCUCCUGGUGGCCAGGAGCAGGCGCCACCAACCCUGACACCAGAGGCUGCACGUGAGCCAGCAGUGGCCACCACCUCGAAAGACUGGCAACCCCCAUUGUCGGGGCCCUGGGAACAGCUGCGCCUGCCCCCCUGGCUUGUCCCGCUUCACUAUGAUCUGGAGCUGUGGCCCUGGCUACGGCCGGAUGACCUGCCCUCACCGAGUUUGACCUUCACGGGCCGCGUGAACAUCACUGUACGCUGCACAGAGGCCACCUCGAGGCUGCUGCUGCACAGCUUCCUUCUGAAUUACAAGCGAGUGGAAGUGUGGGGUCCCCUGGCCCUGGACAAUAGGAAUGCCACUGUAGGCCGAGUGCCGGUGGACAAUGUGUGGUUCGCUUUGGACAUGCAAUACAUGGUUCUGGACCUGGGCCAGGCCUUGCAGCCAGGUAGCAGGUAUAAGCUGAACCUGGGCUACUCUGGCCAAGUGCUUCAGCACACCUCAGAGGGGCUCUUCCUGAACUUCUACAUGGACCAGGGUGAGCACAGAGCCUUGAUUGCGUCUCAAAUGGAACCAACAUUUGCCAGGAAUGUUUUUCCCUGUUUUGAUGAGCCAGCUCUGAAGGCAACUUUUAACAUUACAAUUAUUCACCAUCCUGGGUAUGUGACUCUUUCCAAUAUGCCCCAGCUAGGUCAGUCUGAAAGAAUCGAUGUGAAUGGAAGCAGAUGGAAGGUCACUACCUUCCAUACCACACCCCGCAUGCCAACUUACCUUGUCGCACUUGCUGUAUGUGACUUUGACCAUGUCAGCAGAACUGAGAGAGGCAAGGAGAUACGAGUGUGGGCCCGGAAAGACGGCAUUGCAAAUGGAAAUGUAGACUUUGCUGUGAACAUCACAGGUCCCAUCUUCUCAUUUCUGGAGGAUUUGUUUAACAUCAGUUAUCCACUUCCAAAAACAGAUAUAAUUGCCUUGCCUACUUUUGACAACCGUGCAAUGGAAAACUGGGGGCUGUUGAUAUUUGAUGAAGCAUCCUUGUUGCUGGAACCAGAUGAUGAGCUGACAGAGAGAAGGGCUAUGGUCUUGUCCAUCAUCUCCCACGAGGUUGGGCACCAGUGGUUCGGGAAUCUGGUGACCAUGAGUUGGUGGAAUGAUAUCUGGCUCAACGAGGGCUUUGCAACUUAUUUUGAACUUGGAAUAAUUAACUACUUCUAUCCCAAACUCCCAAAGAAUGAGAUCUUCUUUUUUAACUUUUUACAUGGAGUCCUCAGAGAAGAUCACGCCCUGGAGUCUAGAGCUGUGUCCACUGAGGUGGAAAAUUUCACAGAAACAGGAGAAAUAAAUGAACUCUUCGACAUAUAUACUUACAACAAGGGGGCAUGUAUGGCCCGGAUGCUCAACAGUUUCCUAGGCCAGCACUUGUUUAUCAAUGCACUUAAGUCAUAUUUGGAGACAUUUUCUUACUCAAAUGCCGAGCAAGAUGACCUAUGGAGACAUUUUCAAAUGGUCAUAGAUGAGCAGAAUAUAAUCAAUUUGCCAACAACAGUAAAAAGCAUAAUGGAUAGCUGGACAUACCAGGGUGGCUUUCCAGUCGUCACGUUAAAUGUGUCUACAGGCAUCAUGAGACAAGAGCCAUUUUAUCUUGAAAAGGCUGAAAAUCAAAUUCUUGUAAGCCACAAUAACACAUGGAUUGUCCCUAUUUUUUGGAUGAAAAAUGGAACCACACAACCUUUAGUCUGGCUAGACAAAAGCAACAUGGUGUUCCCUGAGAUGCAACUUUCAGAUACUGAUGGUGAUUGGGUGAUUUUAAACCUCAAUGUGACUGGAUAUUACAGAGUGAAUUAUGAUGAGUUAGGUUGGAAGAAAUUAAGUCAACAGCUUGAAAAGGAUCCUAAGGCCAUUCCUGUCAUUCACAGGCUGCAGCUGGUGAGCGAUGCUUUUGCCUUGUCUAAAAACAAUUAUAUUGAAAUUGAGACAGCACUCGAUUUAACCAAGUACCUUGCUGAAGAAGAUGAAAUCCUAGUGUGGUUUGAAGUCUUGGUAAACUUGAUAAACAGGGAUGUUAUUUCUGAUGUGAACAACUUUGCUAUAUACCCAUUAUUGAAGAAGUAUUUGCUAAAGAGAAUUAACUCAAUAUGGAGUACUUAUUCAGCUAUAAUUCGAGAAAAUGUGACAGGACUACAGGACAAUUAUUUAGCUCUACUGUCACUGGAAAAAAUGUUCGAAACUGCCUGUUGGUUGGGUCUUGAAGACUGUCUACAGCUGUCCAAAGAGCUCUUCCGAAAAUGGAUGGCAGAUCCAGACACUGCAAUACCUCAUCUGAUUGAAAAAGUGGUUUUAUGCAAUGGCAUUGCUUUGGGAAGCGAUAAGGAGUGGGACUUUUUGCUAAGAUUUUACAUCAAUACAACUGAAGAAGAAGAAGAGGGAAGGGCCCAUCUUAUUUAUGCACUGAGUUGCAGUAAAGAGCCAUGGACACUUAACAGAUUUAUGGAGUAUGCCAUCACCAUGUCUCCAUCCCCUUUUAAUGAAACAAACAUAAUAGAAGUUGUGGCAUCACUUGAAGUUGGUUGGUACGUUGCAAAGGACUUUCUAAUCAACAAUUGGCUAGCUGUGAUUGAAAGGUAUGGACCACAAACACUGGAUGCUCUAGUGUGGGUCAUAGGGAGGACUGUAAGUACAGACCUACAGGUUAUGGAGUUGCAGCGGUUCCUGGGAACUGUGUUGGAGGAGCAUCAGAGGCCUGCGGCUCAUGCCAAAUUACAGGCAAUAAAGACGGAGAAUCUGAAAAACAAGAAGAGAAUUGCCAGGAUGGCCGAGUGGCUUCGGAAAAACACGUAAUUUGUGGCCACUUGCCGCAUGCUUCAUGUAUUUUAUAAUCUUGUUUGCUCGCAGCUCUGUCUUCCAUAUUUAGUGACUCCAAAGAGCUGUGUGUCUUCUUUUAUUUUGGUUAUGCUUUCUUUCUACUUAGUCAUGUCCUUCCUGUUUUCACACCUUGCCCCAAGGAUCAGUGAUUGCUGAGGAUUUUGUCAACACUGCCAUGUAUCUGGGCAAACUUCUGCUUCCUAUUGAGCAAUAAAGUCACCAAAUUAGAGUGCCUAGAAAAAAAAAGCCAAAAACUGUAAAAAACAAACCAAAACAAAACAUAAAAACCAGAUUGACCUAAGAAAGUCUGGCUUAUCUUGAUGUGAAGGUCAGUGGUGCUUUAAUCAGUGGCAUUAAUGGAGAGCAUAUUCUGUUCAGAUGGAAAUCCAGACCUGAGGACCUGAAAUAACUCUGUGCCUUAUUUAGUUUAAAAAUGAAAAAGCAAUGGGAGAUAACACGACAGUGUAAAGAAAGAGAAGCCAGAAAUAAAUAAGAUCACUUGGAGACAGCACAACCAAAGAAAGGCAAGUAGUCUAGUCAAGACUGAA